ACGCAUCUUCGACUUCAAUCACCAUUUCGUUCGUCGUCUCGUGCCUCUUUCUUUCGUUCAUCUACGCAUUCCGACUCGGUAAACUCCAUAUUCUUCUCUUUGAUAUCUUUUGUUUCCUUUCAAUUGUAGUGGUAAUUUUCUUUCUGGAUAGGUUGAGAAGAAAUGGCAGGACACAAGGUUGCGCAUGCCACAUUGAAAGGCCCGAGCGUUGUGAAGGAAUUGAUUAUUGGUUUGACACUUGGUUUAGCUGCUGGUGGUCUCUGGAAGAUGCACCAUUGGAAUGAGCAGAGGAAAACCAGAACUUUCUAUGAUUUGCUUGAGAGAGGUGAGAUCAGUGUUGUCGCAUCUGAAGAGUGAAUGAAAAAGCCUCUCUCACUCACUCUAUUGUUGGCUUGAUUUUUCUGUUUUUAUGGUUUCUUGAGAUCUCAGAUAAGUUACCUAAGACAAUGGUUGCUUGAGAAAUAAACAAUCUCAGAUUGA